AUGAGUGCGAAGCCUGAAGUCCCGGAUGCAUGGGAUGCGGACUGGGAGUCCCAAGCGGAUAAACUAGGAGACAGGCCUACCCCGCCGUCCGAGAAGAAAGUCUCCUCCAAAGUCUCCAAAGCCCAGCGAAGAGCUCAGCAAGCAGAGUUUAACCGGCAGCUCUGGGCAGAAGCUGAAGCCCCGCAAACAUUCCACUAUGUCGAAGCCCGAUCCGAAGUACCCCUGAAAUCAGACUUUAAACCGACUGUUACACUCCUUAGUCGGAGGCCUCAGAUUGCAUCACGCCAGUCAUCUGCUUCCGGUGGGGUUGAUGGGGCGGUAACCGGCAUGGGACAACUCGGCCUAGACGAGGGCGACUCAGACGAAGAUUCGAGUAAGUCUCGUCAACCAACUUUCGAGGAACGGCAAGCACAAGCUCUCAAGAAUCGCGAGGAGAGGCAGCGGAAAUACGAGGAGGCGCGAGAAAGGCUCUUCGGAAGCCCUUCAGCAACGACAUCUGGCAACUCGUCUCCAGGAAGUACAACCCCUCCCCGUCAGAGCCAGCCUGGUGAAGGGCGAGGCAAAGGCAAAGGCCGAGGCGGCCAGCGGGAUUAUAGGGAGAAGAGAGAUUCCUCGUCCGCCUCGAACAAGUCGAGGCAGCAGCUCUACGAUCCAGCAAGUCCAAAUCGGUCGAAUGGAUCGGCCCUACAGAGGCGAGACCGUCCCCAGGGGGAUCGAAGUGAUGCCGACAAGCAGAAUGCUCCUCAGCAGCCACUACGCAACCCUCGGGGCCCUGAUGGAAGCGGAAGGGGUGGUUUUGGAUUUGGCACGAGGGGCGCUCGUGGGGGCUAA